AUGUCCAACAGUGGACGUCUGUGGGAAGAAGAAGAAUUUAUAAGCAUUUUGGUGCUCUACAAUAUACAACUUUGUCUUGUCUUUAGGAUGACAAAAACAAACUUCGUUUUAGUUGUGGUCUCCGUCACGCUCGUUUGUAUUGCUGCAGCGCCAAGUGAUUUCGGAAAAGGCGACCUUGAGAAGAGUGUUGAUCAAAUCAGCCAACAAGAGAUUCUCUCAAAUAGUCACAAAGAAGAUGAAACUAACGUUCGCCAUAAACGUCACCAAAAUUUUUACGAUUACGCGGCGAUAAGUCGAUUCCAGUAUUCCAACGUGCCCAAUGGAUUCGAAAAUUCCAAUUUCUUCAAUAUACUUUUUUCACAAAUACAAAAACAAUUUGAUCAAAUAUCCAAUUUUAUAAGACCUUCUUCUGCAUAUUCACCAAAUCCUCUGCCAAUAUUUGUUCCAUCGUUUUAUAUCCCAAAUAGUAACUGCAAUUGCUAUCCAACGAAUGUUCAAGCUACUUUUGACAAUAGCCAAAGUCAAAUAAUCCAAGAUUUACCUCCAACUAACACAGAUUAUACAAGUGCAGAUGUAUCAAUACCCGUUACUAGAACAGACAUUAGACAACCGACCGCAACUUCAACAGCUAAAGAACUUUCAACCACAGCAGUGUCCAUUAUCGACGACAAAGUACGAACUUCAGCACCGAUAAUGACUGAAGAAUCAUCAACCGUUUCUACAUCAACUACAAAUUCUGAAGACACAGUUAGUAUUAAUUUCGGCGAAAAUGAAAGUGAUGAUGAUUAUGAAGAGCUUGGUACUAGACCCAUAUCCUUCGAACCGAUAAGAAUAAAUAAUCAAAACGCUAGACCUGCACCACCAGUGGAUCGUGGAAGCACACAAGAAGAUUCUCAAAAUUUAGACAGCUAAAAUCGCAUUUAACAACUAAAUAUGUUACAAACACACCCGUCUAUGAACUAAAGACCGUACUUGGAUGUUUGAACCUAUUAAAUGUGUGUGUCAUUGUAUUUAUUUUAAUGUAAUAUUACAAUACUAGAAAAUUGAAAUAUAAAUCAAUUUCAUUCCAAUUAUAUGCUUACUGUGAAGUUUUGUACUCAUUUUACAUGUAUUGCUGCUAGUAUAAGGUACUGUAUUUCUUUAUUUAACAACUAUAUUA